CCAGCAGCCCGGGGCCGCCCCACCCGCUCCUGGCAGGGGAGGGACCGAGCCUUCUUGUCCAGGAACUCGCCCCGACUGCUCCCUCCUUCGCCCCUGCCUGGCGCCGCUUCCGCGCCUCCCUCCAGCCUCCGCGGUCAGCCUCUGCUCUGGCACCUCCGACGCUCCCCCAACUUCUGCCCAGCAAGCAAGACCGUGGCUCCGGAGUGUCCCAGCACUUGGGGCCUCGCCUCUGUGUUCUCCAGCCGCACGUCCCGCAAGUCAGUCUCACGUGCUGGAGACGACGACGACAUGGCAGAGGGUGAGGGAUACCGGAACCCCACGGAGGUGCAGAUGAGCCAGCUGGUGCUGCCCUGCCACACCAACCAUCGUGGGGAACUGAGCGUCGGGCAGCUGCUCAAGUGGAUCGACACCAUGGCCUGUCUGUCCGCGGAGAGGCACGCUGGCUGCCCCUGUGUCACAGCCUCCAUGGACGAUAUCUAUUUUGAGCACACCAUCAGUGUUGGACAAGUGGUGAAUAUCAAGGCCAAGGUGAACCGGGCCUUCAACUCCAGCAUGGAGGUGGGCAUCCAGGUGGCCUCUGAGGAUCUGUGCUCUGAGAAGCAGUGGAAUGUGUGCAAGGCCUUGGCCACCUUUGUGGCCCAUAGGGAACUUACCAAGGUGAAGCUGAAGCAGAUCACGCCACGGACGGAGGAGGAGAAAACCGAGCACAGUGUGGCAGCUGAGCGCCGGCGCAUGCGCCUGGUCUAUGCAGACACCAUCAAGGGCCUCCUGGCCAACUAUGCCAUCCAGGAAGAUCUGGACAGCAGGGACUGCAGCUGCAUGGUGCCGGCUGAGAAGACCCGCGUGGAGAGCGUGGAGCUGGUUCUGCCCCCCCAUGCCAACCACCAGGGCAAUACCUUUGGGGGUCAGAUCAUGGCCUGGAUGGAGAACGUGGCUACCAUUGCAGCCAGCCGGCUCUGCCGUGGGCACCCCACACUGAAGGCUAUCGAGAUGUUCCACUUCCGAGGUCCGUCCCAGGUUGGAGACCGUCUGGUGCUCAAGGCCAUCGUGAACAACGCCUUCAAGCAUAGCAUGGAGGUGGGCGUGUGCGUGGAGGCCUAUCGCCAGGAGGCUGAGACCCACCGGCGGCACAUCAACAGUGCCUUCAUGACCUUUGUGGUCCUGGACGCAGAUGACCAGCCCCAGAAGCUGCCCUGGAUUCGGCCUCAGCCUGGGGAGGGCGAGCGACGGUACAGAGAGGCCAGUGCCAGGAAGAAGAUCCGCCUGGACAGGAAGUACAUUGUGUCCUGCAAGCAGGCAGAGAUGCCCCUCUCUGUUCCCUGGGACCCUAGCAACCAGGUGUACCUGAGCUACAACAACGUGUCCUCCCUGAAGAUGCUCAUGGCCAAGGACAACUGGGUGCUGUCCUCGGAGAUCAGUCAGGUCCGCCUGUACAGCCUGGAGGAAGACAAGUUUUUCUCCUUCCAUCUGGAGAUGGUGGUGCACGUGGAUGCAGCCCAGGCCUUCCUGCUGCUCUCAGACCUGCAGCGCAGGCCGGAGUGGGACAAGCACUACCGGAGCGUGGAACUAGUGCAACAGGUGGACGAGGAUGAUGCCAUCUACCACAUCAUCAGCCCUGCCCUUGGUCGUGAUGCCAAGCCCCAGGACUUUGUGAUCCUGGCCUCACGGCGCAAGCCUUGUGACAAUGGGGACCCCUACGUCAUUGCGAUGAGGUCAGUCACGCUGCCCACGCACUGCGAGACACCAGAGUACCGUCGUGCCGAGACCCUCUGCUCAGGCUUCUGCCUCUGGCGCGAGGGGGACCAGUUGACCAAGGUGUCCUACUACAACCAGGUCAGCCCGGACUUCCUCAACUACGUGACCACCAACGUGUCCGGCCUCUCCUCGGAGUUCUACACCACCUUCAAGGCUUGCGAACGUUUCCUCCUGGACAAUCGCAAUGACCUGGCCCCCAGCCUCCAGACCCUCUAGGCUCCCCUCCAGCUGCCCCCAAGGACUCUCGUGCCGUGCGAGGAGGAAGGCAGAGGCAUUUAUUCCUCCUGCCUCCUGCAGGGAAGCUUGGACCUAGGAGUUGGCUGGCCCGGCACCACUGGGCGGUCAGUUUCUGCCAACAUCUGCCCACGAGUCCUUGUGGUACCCCUGGGGGGGCCUGCAGUAGACUCUGGUCCUGUCCACCCCGCUGGCUGCCAGCAGCCCUGCCCACACAGCUGUACAGCUGCUCCCAGUGGGGCUGUGCUGCACUGUGACGGUGGCCCGGGGGGAGGCUGCCAGCAGCCUGGCCACAGCUCCCACCAUGCUCUGGUCCAGUGGCCCGGCUUGCAGCUGGAAGGACACAGGUUGCCAGAGUCCCUGGCAGAGCUCCAGCAUAUCCAUGAGCAGCCGCUCCCCAUAGCCACUGCCUAGCACCUCCUCGGGCCAGCUGGGUGCCACGGUCACAUGGGGGAAUACCUCAGCCACAGCCUUAAGGAACUCUUUGCCAGCCGUGUGGCCAGGGACCACAAAACUCCCAUAUGAGAUUGUGGCCCCGACCCACACAGGCCGAGGCAGGUGGCCAAGGGCUGAGAGGUGUGCCAGGAUGGCCAGGGACGGACGGAGGGCUGCGGGCUCUACUAUGUGCACGUGGAGGCCCCAGCGCCCAGGGCGCGUGGCCAGCUGCA